GUGACGUCCGUUCGGGAGCGGUGGCGCUUUUCCGCUUGUUGCAGGAAAGAUGGCUCGCGCAUUUGGACGCGUUUAUUGAUGAGUGAUAAACGUAAAUAUUAGAGAUCUGUUUAAGUGAUUGAGGUGAAACAGAGCAUCCGCAGUCAUGGGGCGCCGCUCCACCUCCUCCACCAAGAGUGGGAAAUUCAUGAAUCCCACCGACCAGGCCCGGAAGGAGGCGCGCAAGAGGGAGCUGAAGAAGAACAAGAAGCAGAGGAUGAUGGUCCGAGCAGCAGUGCUGAAGAUGAAGGAUCCACGUCAGAUCAUCCGAGACAUGGAGAAACUCGAUGAGAUGGAGUUCAAUCCGGUGCAGCAGCCGCUGCUGAAUGAGAAAGUUCUGCGCGACAAACGCAAGAAGCUGCGCGAGACGUUCGAGCGAAUCGUCCGCCUGUACGAACGGGAGAAUCCAGAGAUGUACAAAGAGCUGCGGAAGCUGGAGGUCGACUACGAGACCAAGCGAGGACAGCUGUCGCUCUACUUCGACUCCGUCAAGAACGCUGAGUCCGUGGAGGUGGACAGUAUUCCUCUUCCAGACAUGCCUCACGCUCCAUCCAGCAUCCUCAUCCAGGACAUUCCCCUGCCUGGAGCCCAGCCGCCCUCCAUCCUGAAGAAGAGCUCCACGCUCGGGAAGAGCUCAGCGCUGUCAGCGGCCGCAUUGGCUGGAGUUCCUCGUCUGCCGCCGGGACGCAAACCGCCGGGACCCCCGCCGGGGCCGCCGCCGCCGCAGAUACUGCAGCUGUACGCUAACGCGCGCCGCGCAGAGGCCGGUGGUUCAGACACUGAAAUGAUGGACACCGGAGGGAGAGACAGCGACAGAGAGAGCGACGCAGACGACGACAGCGACUCGCAGGACGACAGCGGCGCAGAGAGAGACGACGCGGACGCCGACGGCAGAAUGACGUCCGAUCGCCACGACGACAGAGACGAGGACAGAGACAGGGCUGAUAAACACACAGGUCGCAGCGUGCGAUUCGCUGACAUGCCGCCGCCCAAAGAGAAGAGGAAGAGGAGGGUGAUGAAGACCAAGAACAUCACACCACUGCAGGCCAUGAUGCUCCGGAUGGCAGGUCAGUCCGUCCCAGAGGAAGAGGAGGAUGACGAGGAGGAGUACACGGACUCUGAGGAGUCGGAUGCUGAGGAUCAGGUCUCCACUGAAGCCACUCAGUCAUUGGUCAAUCCCAGACUUCCUGUUCCGUCGGCACCAAUGGCGGCGCAGCAGCCUCCUCCACACAUGCAGGCUCCGCCGAUCACAGGGCCUCCUCCUUUAGGACCGCCUCCCGCUCCUCCAAUGAGGCCGCCGGGACCGCCGUCCGGCCCGCCUCCGGGACCGCCUCCCGGCGCUCCUCCGUUCCUGAGGCCUCCCGGACUCCCCGCGGCUCUCAGGGGUCCCAUACCGCGCAUGCUGCCUCCGGGACCCCCGCCGGGACGCCCGCCCGGACCCCCUCCUGGACCUCCACCAGGUCUGCCGCCCGGACCGCCUCCCAGAGGACCCCCGCCCCGCCUGCCGCCUCCGGCCCCUCCAGGAAUGCCCCCACCGCCUCCUCCCCCCCGCGCCGGACCGCCCCGCAUGGCCCCGCCCCUCUCGCUGUUCCCGCCCCCGCUCAAUCCCAACGUGCUCAGCGCUCCUCCCAGCAUCCUGCCCCGUCAGAAGUCGCCCGCCGCGUCCUCCGGCGGCGGCGACUCUCAGAGCGGCUCCGCCCUCGCCCCGCCCGUGCGGAGCUCCGCCCUGCAGAUGCCGCCGCCCCCCGGCACCACGCCCAACCCGCUCGCCCCCACCAUCGAGAAACGGGCCACCGUCGCGGGCUCCGGCGCGUCCUCGGCCCAAGCGGGCGGCGCCACCAUCUCCGCCAAACCGCAGAUCAUCAACCCCAAGACGGAGGUGACGCGCUUCGUGCCCACGGCGCUCCGCGUGCGCAGGGACCGGGUCGGCGGCGCCCCGGGCGGGACGGAGAGAGCGGGCGGCAGGAAAGAGGACGAACGCGAGCAGCCCAAACAACAAACCUCCGGGAACCCGGGACAGCCUCUCGGCGCGGCGCCGCCCAGCAUGAAGACCAAGGACCAGGUGUACGAGGCCUUCAUGCGGGAGAUGGAGGGGCUGCUGUGAGCUUCGGCCGCAGCGUUUUUUGUACAUUUUCUCUCCGUCACAUGAUUGCGUUUUAUCUUUAAAUGUGAAUAAACUUCUGAUGUCAAACUCUG